AUGGAGAGAAGCUCGGGAGAACUCACCCCGGGAGCUGACGUCACUCCAUCCAAGCAUCUGGCAAUUCAUUUCCCUAUUGGUAUCUGGCGUGAAACAGUAAGUACAUUGAAACGAAGUGCGACGACGAUGGUCUAUCGUUUCCUGCAUGGAAGGCCAUGCUUUCCUCUAUACCCGUCCUUAUGGUCCUUCAUAAAUCAAAAAGGCGCCCUUUUUCCGACGUCCCUAAGAAUACUCUAUACCGUCCGUGGUGAAUUAGUCCCUGCUCCGACGUGUCCGCCUGAAGAGCUCUCGUCGCUGUCCCCCGACCGCCUUCGAUUCCCAAUAGGCCUGGUAUCAGAGGAUAAGGUGGACGAGCUCCUGCUCAGAGAUGACGGCGAAGCAGGGACAGAUGAAUUCGGUGUGGUGCCUUGUGAUGAUCCAGCAGAGCCCUUGAACGCUGCCGCCGCAGCGGCCGGAUUGCAGUGA